AUGGAGAAUGCCCCUCGGGUCUGGUUGUGGCGAGAUCGGGAAUACGGCUCCCAGUUUUUCCCUCCCUUUUCCCUUCUUCUCUUCUUCUUGCUUCUCCAAAAACCCCCUUCAAUUGGAUAUCCCUAUUCUGAACGGUCCUCAAGACAGACCACUGGGAAUACAGACAUAGUGAAAGUAGUAGGAUCAACAGACACUCCAGUUAAAAUUUAUGUCAUGGUGAAUCACGUCAGUCCUCAUUUACUAUGUAUAAACAAAAGGCUGCGCAAUUUAGAGUUGAUAGACCCAGUUUUCCACUGGAUUGGACCAAGUGGUAAAACCAUCUCAGAAAACUCCUAUCUAAAAAUAACAACAACAGGAAGCCUUAUAUUCUAUAACUUCAAAAAAGAUAUGAGUGGAGUUUAUACUUGCUCCCUUUCAUAUAAACUUACAGUAGAAGACAUGGAAAAAACUGUUCAACUAAAAUACACUAUAUAUGCUUAUAUAGCUUCUAAUUUUUACUACGAGUUCACAGCUCGAUAUCAUUCUGCACCAUGCCAUAAUAUUUAUAAUACAGCUUUUGAGAAGAAGUUGCUUCAGAUUUUGAGUAAAUUAAUUGCAGAUCUUUCCUGUGAAGUAACAUUAGUCAAGUCUGAAUGUCAUCAUGUUAAAAUGCAGAGAGCUGGUAUACAAAACGAAUUGUUCUUCACAUUUUCAGUUAUCGCCAUAGAAAAGGGAACAAAAGGAACUGAUGCAUGCACAGAUUCUUCUUGUGAGCCUACUAAAAGACUAAAUAAGGCUCAAAAUCUCAUAAAGAGGUUUUUUGUCCAUCAAGUAGAAGUUCUGGAAAAGCGUUCAGAGCCACUUCCUGAGAUAUACUUUAUUGAAGGUACUCUGCAAAUGGUGGGGAUUGAUCGUUGCAAUCCAGGAUAUGGAAUAAAUGCUUUGACGCAUCCAGAUUGCGCUGAUUGUUGUGUGAUCUGCGCCCCUGGAACUUUUAACCCCCGCAUUGGAAUUCACUGCCUUCAGUGCAACAGGAGCCAUGCAUUUGGAGCAACAAAAUGCUAA